GGGCACGUCGUACACCGCACGUUUUGCGCGCCGAAAGUGACGUCCCGAUCAGCUGGCGUGCAGCAGCGGCACUAUUAGCAGCAGCGUCGGUAUCAGCAGCAGCAACAGCAACGGAAACAGCAACAGCAACGUACCGAGCAGCACAAGCAGUAGUGGCCACCGCCGUUACCGUCGUCGCCGCCGCCGCCGCCGACACCGCCGCCGCCGUCGUCGUUAUAGUUGACGCGCCGCUUUGCGAAAGAUAAUAACCGCCGCGCCGUCGCCGUCGCCGUCGUCGCCGAUCAUUCUCUGUUCAUUAUCAAUUUUUCAAUGAAAAUAUAGAUUACCUCUCUGUAUUGCCACACACGCACGUAUAUAAUAUACAUAUAUACAUCAACACAUGCACGAGUGUGCCGCCGCUCGUUUUGUAUUUUAAUGUUUUUUUUUUGAAUUUUUUUUUUUUUUUUUGUUUUUUUUUUUGAAAAAAAAUAUUUCUUUUUCCUGUUGAAAAGCGCCCGUCUGUGUACGACAGCGAUCAACAGCCGUAACUGAAGUGCAUCUCAUGUUAUUAUACGCGUUGACAAUUAUCACAAUAUACGUCCGUGUAUAUCAAUAAAAUAUACCUAUUAUAAAGGUCUUAAUGUUCACUUAACGUACCUUUACACUUGCAAUUAUUUUUGUAUCACACCGUCGUUCACGCCGUUUUGUCGUUGACAUAAUACUAUACAACAUAUAUAUGUAUAUACUAUUAUAAGCUUCAACGCAUAAUAAUAUAUUUCGAGUAAACUUAAUUUUUAUAAAAACAUUUCUCAAAGUCGUGUGUGUUAACUGGUUGCAGUGAUCUUGUAUACACAACAACAACAACAACAACAAUAAUAAUAAUAAUAGUUUUAAACGGUCUGCUGUUGAUAUAAAAAAGCAGCCACAACGGCGAUAAACAACUACAUCAGUAACAGCAGCAGCAGCAGCAGUAACAGCAGCGGCUCCUCCAGCAACAUGGCUCAACCCAGGGUGAGUGUUUAUUACGACGAACCGGGCAUACACCAACAGCAACAGCAGCAACAGUACAUGGAUGCGGUGGUCGGAGCGGCCGCCGCGGCCGCGGCCGGGAACGGCGUGGUGCCGCCCGGCGUAGUGCCCGGCGGCGGAGUUCCCGGCGGUCUCGGGCUCGCCGGCACCGGCGGCAUGUACGACCAACACCAGCAGCAACAGCAUCUCGCCCAUCGGGGCCUCCAAAACAUGGCCGCAGCCGCAGCGGCAGCCGCCGCGGCCGCACAGCACCACCACCACCAUCAGCAACAGCAAGCGGCGCACCUCCAGCAGCAGCAGCAGCAGCAACAGCAGCAGCAACACCCCGUGUCGGCAAUGUUCCACUCGGCGGCCGCGGCCGCUGCGGCCGCCACGCCGCCAAACCACGUUUCGCCGGCCGCAGGCGGUGGUACGCCCGCCAACAAUCACACAUCCGGCGGUGCGUCGGGAGUCGUGCCCGAAGCACAGAAACGUGACAAAGAUUCGAUUUACGGGCACCCGCUGUUCCCGCUUCUGGCAUUAAUAUUUGAAAAAUGCGAACUAGCCACGUGCACGCCCCGGGAUCCAGGCGUAGCGGGCGGUGACGUGUGCUCGUCAGAGUCCUUCAACGAAGACAUCGCUGUGUUUUCCAAACAGAUACGUCAAGAGAAACCAUUUUAUAUGGCUGAUGCUGAAGUCGACUCAUUGAUGGUGCAAGCAAUUCAGGUGUUACGGUUUCAUCUAUUGGAGUUAGAAAAAGUUCAUGAACUAUGUGACAACUUUUGUCAUCGUUACAUAAGUUGUCUGAAGGGGAAAAUGCCAAUUGAUCUCGUGAUCGACGAACGAGAUUCGUCGUCAUCAGCAUCCGCAGCAGCAGCGGGUGGAGGUGGUGGAAAGUCCAUGUCUGAACUGGGAGGUUUGGGCGGUCUAGGGGGCGCUACGAACGGCAAUAACGACGGCCGUAGUAACGCGGAUUCAACAUCGCACACAGACGGGGCGAGUACGCCAGACGUUAGACCACCUUCGUCUUCAUUAUCGUAUGGUGGACACGGGAACGAUGACCGAUCUCCUGGUUCGGGAGGCACACCUGGACCGAUGUCGCAACAACCGGGCUCGCAACAAAGUCUUGACCAUGGCGAUCCUGAAUUGGGUAAAUGGUGUCAAAGGCGAGAUUGGCCUCCACCUCUAGACGCCCGAGCGGCAUCGGCUGCGGAAGCAGCGAAACGUGGUCUUCUGUAUCAAUCUGUGUUCCUUGGCGGUAGCCCAAAUGAUUACAACUCGUGUGAUGCGAGUAAUGCCAGUGUCGGUAGUGGUGAUGGUACGGGAGAAGAUGACGAUGAUCCCAGUGGUGGAAAAAAGAACCAAAAGAAAAGAGGUAUAUUCCCAAAAGUGGCUACAAAUAUACUUCGAGCGUGGUUAUUUCAGCAUCUAACGCAUCCUUACCCAUCAGAAGAUCAGAAAAAACAACUUGCUCAAGACACCGGUCUGACUAUACUUCAAGUCAACAAUUGGUUUAUAAACGCUCGACGGAGAAUAGUGCAACCUAUGAUCGAUCAGUCUAACCGUGCCGUUUUCUCACCGCAUGCCGGCCCCAGUGGAGCGUACAGCCCCGAGGCAGCCGGUCUCGGAUACAUGAUGGACGGACAGUCUCAGAUGCUCGCAGCGGCAGGUCACAGACCCCCAGGCGACCCGGCCUAUCACAACGAAUAUCAUCAUUACCCGGCCCAAUACUACGGUCAUUUGUAGUACCGUAAAUUACAAUCUGAAUUCUAGUACUCGUGUUUCAUUACAAUGAUUGAUAACAAUCUGGUUGACUGAUGUAUAUUUUUUUCACUGGUCGCUAUUAUUAUUUUAUUUUAUUUAUUAU